CAGGGAGUUUUUAUUUUCCCCCAUCUGUUUCCGUUUCCUUUUCGUGAAAGAAACGCAGCCAUGAAGGCGAAAGGAGAGUUGCAAGAAUAUGAAGUCAUCGGGCGUAAACUGCCCACUGAAAAAGAGACCAACACUCCUUUGUACCGGAUGAGGAUCUUCGCCCCAGAUCCGAUUGUGGCAAAAUCUCGUUUCUGGUACUUCUUGCGACAAUUGAAAAAGUUCAAGAAGUCCACGGGUGAAAUAGUGUCUGUCAAGCAAAUCUUUGAAAGGAGUCCCACAAAAAUCAAGAAUUUUGGUAUUUGGCUGAGAUAUGACUCUCGGUCAGGGACUCACAACAUGUACCGGGAGUACAGAGAUUUAAGCGUGUCCGGGGCUGUUACACAGUGUUAUAGGGACAUGGGGGCGCGCCAUCGUGCUAGGGCGCAUUCAAUUCAGAUUAUCAAAGUAGAGGAAGUGAAAGCGGCUAAUACUAGAAGGCCUCAAGUGAAACAGUUCCAUGAUUCGAAGAUUCGGUUCCCGUUGCCCAAGAGAAUCCAACAUAAAUCAAUGAACCGAUUCUCUGUCCGCAAACCAAGAACAUACUUCCUGUAAUGUUUAUUUAAUGGUUAAGUGGAAAUAAAUCAUUUGUACACAUAA